AUGCUUCCGUGUAUAGGUGAGUCUUCGAAUUUAUUUAAUCUUGAUAUGGAAAACAAAAUUGGGCUUUUCAUUAAAAUUGACAAUUAAAUUGGACCUUUCUGAUAAAAAUUUUCCUCCAAUUUUUCUUCUUCUUCGUGUUUAGAAAUCUCAGAACUUCUUUUCUUAUUUUACAUUUUCCGAGAGUCUGAGUCCUGGAUAAUGUUGCGUUGGUGUGAAGUCACUAAUAAUACCGAAAAAGGCGAGUUUUAUUGACUUACAAGUCUCUGGAAUAUUUUGGAAAAAGGUACAUCAAUGAGUAUAAUGGCCAAGUCCUAAAAAAACGGCGAACUGGAAAAUUAGGAUAACUUCCUUGUAAUGAAUGCGAAUUUUUCGGGUUCAAAGACUGAACUCCCAUACACUUGAUGACAAGUGUUCGCAUUUUCGAGAUGGUGUCAUCAGAGUUGAUUUGCGGAAGAAAAUCAUCUGUUGGACAAAAAAUAGUGGGCGGCGCCAAGGUUGCCAUGCAGCCGGCGCCGUCGGGCACGUCUCUCGCCUUGCUGGGACCGCACUCCGCCAUCGACACGCUAUUUCGUCGCUGGCGGUGGUUGAGUCGAGUGCCUGUCGGCGGACUCGGUUCCAACCAGCCAAACAGCGAACACCCUUGGCCUGUCGGUGAGCAGCGUCAGCUCCUUGAUGAAACAGUUCAAUUGAACAUCAUCUCCAAAAAGGAACAUCGGUAAGAAGGCUCUUUUUCUCAGCUUUGUAAUAACGAAAUAGAUUUUUCUGUUUUUUCCUUUUUCUUUCUCGCCGAGCCUUUUGGAAUCGCCUUGUGGAUUUCCAAUCCGUGAAAGACUUUUUUUCUUUGAACUUUCACCGUUUGAUAAAAAGCUAAAGAUCAAGGUUCGUAAAUUUUUGUUUCAAUGAAAUUUGUGCAUGGAGACGCGUUUCAGAGUUUAUCUAUCUGAAGCUGUUUCUCAGAUUUCACGGUGUAUUUAAAAAACAAGAUUAAAGUUUUUCACGUCGUAAUUUUGUUCGUAUUAUUUACAAUUUGAAAAGUGUUUAUUUAAAAACUUGAGUUUUCGGAUUAUUCGUCAACUGUUUUGCCGUUUGCGGGAAAAUUCGUAAAACUCUUCGAAUUCUGAAUCUACAAAGAAGUUACAAAAUCUGAAUGCUUAAUUUCUGAUUGAAAUAUCAAUUGAAAUAGGCAAGUAGGUAUUUUGUUCAAAUUUUCCUGAUAAUUCAAAAAUUAUAUGCUAAAGUUUUAUUUGCGGCUUGGAGUAAAAAUUUCAAUUUUCAUUCUCUUUUUUAAUUCAUAUGCUGACCGUGAGUCAACAGGAGCUAUUAAAAUUAUUUACAGAUCCUAACUUUUUAUGCUUAUCACUUUCAAUCUUCUUAUCAAGUUUUUAUUUGCACAUAAGUUUGACCCAUAAGAUUCUGGGUUCCAUAUUGAUUUUGAAUCAAGAAUUCACCUUCUAUUUAUACUUUUCUUUUCGAUUUUUUCUCUUCUCCUAGCGUUCUGUUUACCUUCCUUUAUACCUCUUGUUCGCCAGCCUGGUUGCGAAAUAGCAGUAUUGCUAUUGGAAUGCUUCAUUUUGGACUUUUGGCUACUGAUAAAUCUAAUCAGGAGGUGUUUUUGUAUGAAAGCAACGUCGGAGAAGCUUCUUUUUCGUUUUUCCAAGUAGCAGAAAAGAGCUCCUCUUUCUCAUACUUGGAGAUUAAGACCUUUUCAGAUUUUCAGUCAAUCUUUUUAAGGCUUUUUGAAAGUCAUACGAAAGUCUUUGUCUCAAGAAACCCGUUCAAAAGAUUUUCAAAGCUGCCCUCUGUGAAAAGUUUCUUGAAAAGUUUUCUGGCCGGUCUUCGAUUAUUUAAAACUCCGAUUCUUUUUUUUCUGAGUGCGGCAAAAGCAUUGAAAAUAUAAUAAAAUUAGUGAUUCAUUCACGAGAAUUCCUUUCAGUUUGACACGAAUUUUCCUAUCCCCUUCUCAUUCUCUAAUAUAUUUUCUCAACUUUUCAUUAUUUCCUAAAUGUUUGACGCAUUUUAAGCUCUUUCGGUUAAUAAAUUUCAAUAUAUCGGAUUUAAAAAGGAACCAGAACCCCAUUUCAAAUUUAGUGUUUUGCCGAGUUUUUCAUUAUUUUAACACACCGAAUCUUAAGGUUUUUUGCACCAUUUAUUUUGAAAGGCGAUUUUCUAAACAAUGAAGUUUUUUCAUUAACUAUGAGGUCCUCAAUCUGUAUUUUGCGUGAUCCGACUCCGAAACCCUCAAUUUUCUCUCCUCAGUGGGUGAAAUUUCGAAAAUUGCCAACGAUCAGCCCGAGAAUCAGUUCUGAGACGAAAACAGUCAAGGCCGUUAGGCGUUCUCCGAUUAGCUGAUUCUUCAGGCCGAAAUGAACCCUCAAUUAUUGGCCCGUUCCAACUCUGGAGAGCUUUUCAAUGGAUUUUUUUGAGUUAUUAACUUUGAGAGAGAUUUUUUUCAUUUUUCACUCUUUUUUCCCAAUUGCGAAAUUUCAGCUUUUACUCAAUAAUACUGACCCGUCAUUCGAUCUAAAAACUACUUUUAAUGACUUGAAUACUUUUUUUGAGGAAAUGCAAUCUGAUAUUUGAAUUCUGAAUUAUGCCAAAUAGUUGAUCAGUGAAGUUUUGUGUUUGAAUUUUUUUUUUGAGUGUUUAGCUGUACAUUUUUCACGCAGAAAGUUUCAAUAGAAAAUGUUAAGUAUGGGGAAAUUCGACAGAUACUUGUGUCAUUUGGAAAUAUGAGCGAUGAAUUAAAAAUUAGAAGUUCCAGAGUUCGAAAAGCUAGACUGGAGCAAAGUUCGGAAAUUAGGGCUUCCCAUUGAAGCCAGUCUUCUCUGAUGGCUUGCGCUUUUUUUUUCUUUAUUAUUUUUUUUCCCGAGUUCCUUCAAACCGAAAUUUUUGGCUUUCAAAAUUUUUGGGAAAGCUUGAUCAGGAUGAGACUGCAUCAACAAACGCAAAAUAUAUUUCUUUUUCCUUUCAAAAACGUAUUUUCCUGUACCAAACUAUGGCUUUCGAAGUGUUUCAACACUCCAUUUAUUCUUACUUUGGGAAAAAUUUCUGAAAAGACCUCUAAGCUUCUUUUUUCGCUCGGUUUUCUCAGAAAAACCAGUUGAAACGAUAUUUCUGCUUGCUCUCGUUCUCACGGCUUUUCCCAUGUUUCUCCGACCUUGAAAGUGAGAGAAGAGAGGGCGCAGACUGGUCAGAUUGACUCCCUGGCAAAUAAGCUAUUUUGGCUCAUGCCAGAACAAAAAAUUGCUAAGAUUUCCUUAAUAAUGCAUUUUUUUCCUUCAGAAAUGCAGACCGGCGACCAAAUGUUCGGGUACGCGUGCAUCCUGCUCGGCGCGGCGCCGGUGGCGACACAACUCGCGAUAUCGUCGGUUCGCUGGUUCUUCUUCUUUCCGAUCUUCGCCAUCCCCGCGUUGACGCUGCUCAUCUCCGUCGGACACCUCUCCCGGACGGCUUCUGUUUUGACGUUUCGCCGUAUCGCGCCCAUUGCGGCUGGUCCGUUUUGCUUUUCAUCUAGAUUAAUGUAAAAACUAGAGGUGAAAUAAUAAAUCUUUUUUUAUUAUAAGAAGCCCGUGACGAUUAGCGAGUCUAUGGGAUCACCUCAUAGAACCUAGCAAAAAAAAAAAAACAGAAGUGUUUUAGUUUAACUCUUAUACUUUAACACUGUUUUCAAAGCUAUCAAAUAAUAAGGUUUUUUGGUAGUUUUAAAUAAUUUUCUUUUUCUUUUUUAUUCAUUAUUAGUGUACUUGUCAUGCGAGCUUCGCUUCUAAUGCUCCCAGAUUGCUAAAUUUUCGAAAUUCAGCUUUUCUGAAAUCCCUUUUCUGAAAAACGUAAAAAGGGUGGGUUAAUCCACGCAUUACCCCGACCUGAAACUCAUUUGCUUGAUUGACCUCUGCAAAACGCAACAUUUCCGACUGAAAUUUCUCAUUGUGGUAUUCAGAUUCCAUUUUCCAUUUCUCAAGGGUCGUGGAACUAGUUAUAAAGAAAAAAUAACACCGAAAACAUAACAAGAAAGAAGAGAAAAAAUGAGAUUCCUUGCGUCAUAUGAAAUGACGCUCUCUUUUAUACCUAAGAAGAAUUUUGUUUGCGGUACCUAUUUCCUUGUUUUCAAGGAAUCGGAUGGGCACUGACUUGGCAAAUCGCCGAGAAGCUCUUCGUCGAAAAUAUCCGAGCGGCUCAGCUCUUCCUCUACAUACUUUUCUCCGCACGGCCCUCGCUCAAUUGGGCUAUCUCGUGCUUGAGUCAAUAUCAUACAGAGGUCAGUUCUUGUUUUUUUUUGUUUUGUUUCUAAAUCUAUCAGUUUCCAGUAUUGCAUUAACUUUUACGCGGACAACGUGACGAUCAGCGAAUUCCAUCACCAUCCGGAUAACUUCUGGCCGGCCCAGGAGUUCAACCGGUACGUAGAGUCUGUUUAAAGGUGGCGUGAUCUCCCAUUAUCCUGUCGAGACCUUUAAACUAAUUCCGUGCUCCUUUGAACCUAUCAAGAGAUUUUUGAAAGGAAUUGCGGUGUUUGGAUGGAGAGAAACAUAUAAGGGAAUGCUGAAUGAAACAUCAGGUCAACAAACGGGUGUGUUUGAAGAGCAAUUCGUGAUUCAAGGUGGAAAAGAUAUUUAGUUUUUAUUUCAAUUUAUUUUCACUUAAAAGAGAAAAAUGAUAAAGAAAUUGAGAAUUCAAAACAUCAUUUCUCAUCAAAAAAAAGCCGUUGUCAAGGAAGAGUGAAUAAUAAAUCUAAAAGCAUCGAUAGCUUUUGGAAAAAAAAAUCGAGAAGAAAGAACGGUUUUUAGGGGCACAACAGAAAAAAAAGCGAAUUUAUAAAAAAUUGACUUUGAAUUUCGUUCAAGUUCACUUUGCAUUUUCCUAAAAACAAAAAUGUCGAAAAUAUAGACUUUAGUAGCGUUGUAAGCGUAAUAAGCGCAAUGAAAAACUGAAUAAAGCUUAUUUGUUUAUCUUCAUAUUCCACAUAACCCUAAAUUUGUCAGGUACACGAUUCGGGGAGAUGACUACCCUCUCCACUUUACGGACCCUUGGAAGACUAACGAGUGGUACUACGGACCUGCCAGUGUAUGAUUGAUCCGGAAUUAAUUUCCAAACAAAAAUCUCUUCAGAUGACAUUUUAUUUCUGGUUUCCUUCAUUGCCGCUGGUCAUUGCGCACACGGUGACUUGGUUGGCCAUCGCUGUUAUCCUUCUCAAGUCGGUUUUUUUAUUUUUUUGAAAUAAUUUUAGGGCGGUUGCAUUUGUAUUCUGGAUAACACGAAAAAAAUUCAAACUUGAAAGAAUCCCGUUUCGAGUCGCUUAACUAAAUGAAUAAUUAAGAAUUAAGAUAAAACUUGAAAAAUUUCGGUUUUUUCCCAGCAUGCAGGCUCAGGCCUGAAUUUCCUAAUUUUUUUGGUCUCGGAGAUUUUUUUUUAAAUCUAAAAAGCGGAGAAUAUUUUUCAAGUCCUCGAGUCUCAAGCACCAUUUUUCAAUUUUAUUUCAGUGUGUGCUAUAUUUUUCAUCUUUCAAAACACCAACAAGAAUUUUUUCAAUCAGAACGAAAGUAUGUUUCCAGAUAUUCGCAUCGGCUGAACCAAAUUCUGACGAAAGUUUGCAUCGCUCUGCCUUUGGCCUUGUAUCUGGCGGUGGUGAUGGGACUCACCGUCACUGGCUUUUAUUUCGGAAAGACGACCACCGAAUAUCGCGACGGGAGGAAGAUUUCGGAAAAUCUGGCAGAUUUCUGGAGCAAUGUCACGGUGAGCAGGGAAAGAAAAGUUCAAAAAUUAAAUUUGAAAAAAAAAAAAGAAUUUUGAGGCGAAUUUUUUUGUUUUUCUUUAUUCAGUGUACCUUUCUGUAGCUUUCAAAAGCGCAGAAUAUGCUCUGCUCCAAGAACCAUUGAAAGAAAAAACUCAGUAUUCAGAGUUACUCACGAUUUUCAAAAUCUGACAGUUCUUCUUUCAGAAAAAUUACUUUUGAAGACUGAAAGUUUUGAGUUUCGAAAUAUGUACAAUUGAGUGUUUUUCUUAAGUAUAUAUACUUUUUUGUUUUGAACAGCUGACCUUCGAGGUCAGCUUUUGAUUUUGAAGCUUCACCUGACCUACCUGAAUCUUCCUGAUGGAGUAAGGUCGAGCUUCAGAAUAGGAGCCUGACCCUAUAUUAUUUCUGGGCUGUCCAGAAAAUUAUGGAAAAAAGCAAGAACUUUGCCCUUACUCGAGAACUUCUCGAGCUUUCAAAUCAUACGAGAAAAUGAGCUUACUUCUGCGCUUGAAAGUCCUCAAAACCAUUCAAGAAAAGCACUCUAGGGGGGAUUCCGGACAUCGCUGACGGCCGUCGACUACUCGACCGCCUUCACGGGAAUCGUUCUUUUUGCCACCAGUCGGCUGAGAUCUGGAGCCGGCCAACUCAACGCCCUUUACAUCGUUCCAGCGAUGAUGGUUCAUUUUGGUUUCUUGUUUUUUGUACUUUGUCUAUUUAUUGAGGUUUUUGAGCGGUUUUUGUAAUUCUUUUACAUGUGAUCAAAAAAAAGAGUUUUUAUAUAUAGUAAAAACUCUUUUUUUUUAUCACAUGUACAUAUAUAGUAAAAAAACUCUUUUUGAUCACAUGUACAAGAAUAGUAAAAAAAUAUAUUUUUUUACUAUAUAUUAUAUCUAUUUUUACUAUAUAUUAUAUCCAUAGAUUUUUUUGUCUAUUUUUUUAAGGUAGUGCCGGCGAUCCAAACGAUCAUCUAUAGCGGAUGUGAAGGCCACGUUACCCAUCUUCAACCGGCCUACCAUGUUUAUAUAUCAACAGGUUGAAGAAAAACCGCAGAUGAAAUUUUAAAUCGAAAUUUUCAGAAGAGACAGUCACGUUCGACCUGUUCCCAGUGUGUUUCGCGACGUCGACUUGGGGCCCCCUGUGGUCUUUUUUGUACUUCACCGCCCAGUAUCUCUACUCCUCCUUCGGACCGAUGGUUUUUUAUUUCAAGCAGAUUCAUCAAAUGGGAUCGGAUUUUGUGCAGUUGGUCUACUCAUCGCUCAUCUACCAAUCGUUCAUCGACGAGUGGCCGACGAUUCAAAACGCUCCGAGGACGUAUAUCUCCAUUUUCGUUGCAUGUUUCACCGUUCCAUCCUUUCUUCUGCUUUACAUGCCGGUUGGUGUGAAAAAUGAACUUCGCAAAAAUAGGAUUAUAGAAAAUUAACCAUUGAUUCAAUUUUUAAUAUGCUGUUUGUAUACAAAAAUUCCAUUCGGUUAUUAAUUUUGAAACUGCUCAAUUUAUUUUUAAAAAGUGACAGGGGUUUUCCGUUUUUUGAAUCUUUUUUUGCAUGUUCCCCCUUUUUUAUAACCAAGGAAGAGUCUCGGAAAAAUUAGAGAAAUAGUAUAAGAAGAUAAGAGAAUCAUUUUUUUUUUUGAUUUUUUUUUGAUGUUUUUCCUGAUCUUGGUACUAUUAAAAACAAUUUUUUUAUUUAUCGAUUUUCCUCACGAAGCCUUGCAAGAAUUAUCACAGAUAAUCAGGGCCUGCUUUCACCAAAAAAGCUUUAACUUAAGGAAUGAUAUUUUUCAGUACGGUACGAAGAUUGUGGCACUACUCCGCUACACUUCACAGGAGCCGGUCGUUCAAAUUCUGGCCUUUGUCGUCAUUUUCUUCGUUUACGGUACUUCAACCUGAGUUUCCUUCCGAAGAAAGUGAGCCUCUUUAGGCUGGCAACGGAUCGAGCAGGACGUGCUGACGACGACUGCCUCGUCGGCGUCGCCUUCGCUUUUCGAGUACAUCAUCAGGCCGACGAGUCCCGUCUACACGAUCGCCCAGUUUAUCAUCAUUCCCAUGCUUCUUUGUGUUCGUCUCAAGUCUGAUUCUUGCUUCUAAACCGACCUGCUUCAGGCCAAGUUCGUGGCCAUCUUCGACCUGCUCAUAUCCGGACGCGACAUCUUCAAGCACAUUGAGGCCGGAGCUCGUUUCAUCCCGGUGGCCACUUGGUUGGCCGCGAUGAUUGGCUAUUGUAGGGGAUUUAUCACAUAUGUUGCCACGAGAAUCCACUUCUCCGCGACAACUUGUCACAAUUUUUCUUCCUCCCAGCUACAAAACACUUUUCUUCGAUGAGCUCGGCCUGUCCCACGCAAGCCCUUUUAAUUUUGACUCAAAAAAAUCCCGUUAUAUAGUCAAUCCUUCUCUACAUAAGAAGACGAGAGGGGCAGCUUGGCAAGGAGGCGCGUUGCGUACGCGACGCGGCUUUUUGGCAGUCGCACACGUGACCCCAUUUUUCUCCUUUUUCCGAUAAUUCCUUUUUAUUGUUUUGAAAGAAUUUAUUGGAAUGUUAGAAGUAUGAAGAAACGAAUAACUACUUUUGAGUACCUUUUCGUUACACCUUGAGCUUCUCGUCAAAGUGACGCGUCGCGUACGCAACUUGUAACUUCUUUAUUUUUUUUAUAAAAAUGGCGGACAGUUGUCGAAAAGGGAUGCUAUUCAAUACUGUUUUCAAAAGCACAAAAACCAUCAUGCAGCGCUUUCGGUCAAUUUAACUAUCUUUGUUAUCACAAGGCUUAUAUUUCCUGCCAUUGGAUAUCUAAUAAAAAAAAAACAGAGAUGAGUUUACAUAUAUUUUUUUCAGUAAUAAUGUUCGCGCCGGUGGUGAUCGUGGUGGCGAUAGCAUCGUACACGCUGUUCGACAUGGUCGUCCGACACAAGUUGCCCUUCGCCGAGGCGAUCAAACCGACCGCCGAUUGGAUGUCACACGUCUCCGUCAGCGUGGUCCGUUCUGAAUCCUCUGGAAGAAUCUGGAGUGAACAAAAAAAUUUUGAAAGUUCUUUCCCAAGAAAACUUCUAUUAGCAGGAGUCACUAUGAAACAAUUUUUGAUAUGUUAUAGUCUGUGUGCCACGACUGAAAUUUCACUGAACGAUAUUCCGCUGUUCCGCUUUGUGCGUUCGCGAAGCGUCUUUCGAAUCUAGGUCACGCUUUCAAUUGAUUAUUAUUGCUGUGGGAGCACAUGAAAGUAGAGUACCUUAAAAAAAGAAAAAAAAAGUUAAAAGCGCGACCAAGGUUCCCAAAGGCGCGGAGUGGCACAACGGGAUGUCGUUUGGGGAAAAUUCUGAUGAACCGUUGAAUAAAUUCCAGACUCGUCCCAAGCCGCACUCCCUGGCCUACGGAAUCUACAACAGCCUCUUGAAGGUCUCCUAUCCCACCGUCCUCUUCCUUCUUUUCCUCUUCGAAACUUUCAUCGGCUUCACCCUCGUCGUCCUCUUUUUCCUCAACUCCCUCCCACUCAUUGGUAGUGGAUGGCUGGAUAUUCUGAAGAUAACUUCGGCUACAGGUCUCACCCCGACAGUGCCGAACAACUAUCGGAGCUGCAUGUUGCUCGUUUUUGUCAUUCUUCACAUUAUCGCGCUUUUCGAGAUGCGCAGAAGUCAGCAAAACACAGAGGAACCUUCCAGGUCGGGUUGAGGAAAAAAGCUGUUGUGACCCAUUGAAAGUAAUGUACUAAUACGCCGAAGAAAGGAAAAAAAAACUGGCGCUUUUUUUGAAACUGGAAAUGGGAUAUUGGUUUUGAAUUAAUAAUAGAUUUUGAAUUGCUGGCUUGAGUGCCCACUAUAGGGUGCUCGGGAGCCCUGCUCUUUUGAAAUGUUAAUAGAUUGGAAAAAGAAGCGCCAAGUGUCUUCCACGCAAUUUUAUGCGAUUUAGUGAUUGCUCAAGGGGCGUUAGAGCCUCUUCAGAAUUUUGGCAGCCUCUAAUAGUGUAUUAGAUAGGGAAGAUUGAAAGGGGCCGAUCCUUUCCCCAGAUCAAUUUCCAAGCUUCAGGCUGUCGCUGUACAUCGGCGUGGCGACGCUGGAGAUGGCGAUGCUCAACGGCUACAUGUGGAUGUUCGCCUCGGACCACGCCUGGGGACUCGAUUGGAUGCCUUUCGUGCUCAUUCUCUGUAACACAUGUGAGUCCGUGCGCGUGAAGACUCGAAUUCCGCCUUGUCUCAGGGAUCCGCGGCACUUGCAUCGCAAUCGCAAUCGCCGUCCGGGCGAAUAUGAUCGAAUUAACGCGGCCGUCGAGGGCUCGCGACGCUUCUGAGGUGCUUUUUAGUACCUAUCCUCCUAAUUUUUGUAUAUUUCAGAUCUACGACGCCGACGUCGGUGUCGAAAUGGACGCCGAAGACGAUUCGCCCGUGAUUUUUGAUUUGGCGCGAGCUUGA